AUGGAGACAGUGUUGAAGUCUCACUGUGAUGAACAGCACCCUCAUCAGGCUGAAGACUUCCAUGGCAAGCACGAGCAGAACAGCAAGCUUUCAGGUAUAAAAAAGAAUUUUGAAAAACUUUAUGAAGCAGUGCCACAGCUUGUAAAUGUGUUCAAAAUUAAGGAAAAAAUUGGAGAAGGUACGUUUAGUUCUGUUUACUUGGCCACAGCACAACUACAAACAGGAUACGAGGAAAAAAUGGCUCUGAAACACUUGAUUCCAACCAGCCACCCUCUGCGAAUUGCUGCUGAACUUCAGUGCCUCACAGUGGCAGGGGGACAAGAUAACGUUAUGGGAGUUAAAUAUUGCUUUAGGAAAAAUGAUCACGUGGUUAUUGUUAUGCCAUAUCUGGAACAUGAAUCCUUCUUGGACAUUUUGAAUACUCUUUCCUUUGAAGAAGUGAGGGAAUACAUGUUUAAUCUGUUUAAAGCGUUGAGGCGCAUUCAUCACUUCGGUAUUGUUCACCGUGACGUCAAGCCUAGUAACUUCCUCUACAACAGGCGGCUAAAAGAGUAUGCCUUGGUAGAUUUUGGCUUGGCACAAGGAACCCCUGAUACAAAAAUUGAACUUCUCAAAACUGCUCGCUCUGAAGACCAGCAGGGAAGUUGCUCGCAAAAUAAUCCCACCAUAGCCUUGGGAAAUGGGGUUUCUGUCAGUGUCACAGCACCUAAACAGAUAGCUCAACAGUCAGCCUCAAAAGCAUCUGAUAAAAGGUCCAGCUCCCUUUCAAAAAUACAGAUUAAACAAGGAAGAGGAGGAAAGGAGGAUUCUGUGCACCAUUCCGUCCAGCGCUCUGUCUUUGGAGAGAGGAAUUUUAAUGUCUAUAGUUCCACAUACCAGGAGAACUCAAGUACAAAACUCAUAAAACAAUCAAAGAUGAUAGAUGUUUCAUCUAGGAAGUUAGUAGCAAAGAAGAAGAUUAUUUCUACCAAAACAGUGAGCAAUGGGGCAGCCAGGAAAGCUGCCAGUGGUUGUCCCUCAAACCUGACCUGUGACUGUUAUGCAACGGAUAGAGUUUGCAGUGUUUGCCUUUCAAGGUGUCAGCAAGUUGCUCCCAGGGCAGGAACACCUGGAUUCAGAGCACCAGAAGUACUGACAAAGUGCCCCACUCAGACCACAGCGAUUGACAUGUGGUCUGCAGGAAUCGUAUUCCUUUCUCUGCUCAGUGGACGGUAUCCAUUUUACAAAGCAAGUGAUGAUUUAACUGCUUUGGCACAAAUCAUGACAGUUCGUGGAUCCAGAGAAACCAUUCAGGCUGCUAAAACUUUUGGUAAAUCAGUUCUGUGUACCCAAGUUGUCCCAGCGCAAAACUUAAGAACCCUCUGUGAGAAGUUGAGAGGAACAAAUAGCAGCUGUAAGAGAUCCCAGAGUGAAGUGCGCAGCAAGUCUGUAAACGACUCAGCUUUGCCAGUUGCAGUGGACAAACCAUGUGCUCCUGAGACACUCGGAAAACAAAUUCAACACUUAAAGAGCUUUCAGGAAGGCGACGGUGCUUUGGAAAUGAAGGCAACAGACAUGAAAGGAUGGGAUCAGGUUCCUGAUGAAGCAUAUGACCUACUUGAUAAGCUACUAGACUUAAACCCUGCAACAAGAAUAACUGCAAAAGAGGCUUUGCUGCAUCCGUUUUUUAGAGACGUGAGACUCUGA